AUGGACAGAGAUGCAUUCAAAAAAGUUUGUAAAGGUCAAUGGAGAAACCAAGAUGAACAUGGAUAUGUAUUUUUAAAUACUAAAAAACCCGCGGAAAUGAGUAACGAUUGGAAUAAUAUUUUAAAAAGAAAUAAAGAAUAUAUCCAAGCUAAGAAUAAAGUAAAGACCCAAGUUGAAAUUAUCAGAUUACAACAACUCGGAUUAACGGAAAAUCUACAAACUCAACCCAUAUUAAAAUCUCAAGAGGAUAUUAAAAAGAGACUCAUCCCUCCUAAAGAACCCAUUCGUCCUGUAGAACCUCAUCACCCAGAACCGAAUCCAUAUGGUGCCGGUACAAUAGCUGGUGCUGCAGCUGGUGGAGUAGGCGUUGCCAACGCAAAGAAAGCUGCUAUUGCAGAGGCUGCUGCUAAAAAAGCCACCGAUGAAAAGAACGCAGCCGAAGAACGUAGACAUAAUUUAAAAAUGGAAAAGUUGGCAGCAGAGGUUGAAAAACCUAAAACGGAAAAGAAAGGUUCAGGAGUGGGAGAAAUGAUAGGCACAAUGAAAGAAUUUGGAAAAAGUGAAGAAACCAAGAAAACUGUUAAACAAGGAUUAAAUAAAUUAGAAGAUAGUAUUGACACAGGAGAAAUCAAAGUCAAACAUAAGGCGGCUAUUAGAAUAACAAAAACAGUCCUCUCAAAGAAAGCAGAUGAUGCUAAAGCCGCUGAAGAACGUACACAUAAUUUAGCACUGGAAAAGAAAGCAUGA